UCCGGCUGUUUCCGAGGAGGAGGAGGUCGCUGCCUCCGUUAGUCUGUCAGCGGGUUUACAGGUGACGUCAGGAAAACGCACAAACAUGUCUUUCUUAUUUGACUGGAUCUACAGAGGGUUUAGUGGUGUUUUACAGUUUCUAGGCCUUUACAAAAAGAGUGGUAAGAUGGUAUUCCUGGGCCUGGACAACGCUGGUAAAACAACACUUCUAAACGUGCUGAAAGAUGGUCGACUUGCACAACACGUGCCCACGUGGCAUCCGACCUCUGAGGAGCUAACCAUCGCUGGCAUGACAUUUACCACGUUUGAUUUGGGAGGUCACGAACAAGCCAGAAGACUCUGGAGUAACUACCUGCUGGCGAUCAACGCUGUGGUCUUCAUAGUGGACUGCGCCGCUCAUGACCGGCUUGGGGAAUCCAAGAUAGAGCUGGACGCUCUGCUACAGAAUGAGAACAUCAGCAAUGUGCCGUUUCUGGUGCUGGGGAACAAAAUCGACCGUCCAGAGGCUAUCAGCGAGGGGGCACUCAGGGGAGCGUUUGGGAUCGACAACCAGGUCACAGGAAAGGGCAGCGUCUCGGCGGAGCAGCUGCACGGCCGGCCGCUGGAGGUGUUCAUGUGCAGCGUGCAGGAGAAGCAGGGCUACGGAGAGGGCUUCCGCUGGCUGUCGCAGUACAUGGACUGACGGGAGAGGCGGACGGGACGACCUCCACCCCUCCACGCAGCCGUCGGAAGUCGGUCCCAUCACGCACUUCAGAUGAUGCGUUUCAUUUCUUUUAGUCUGUUGAAUGUUUUAUUAUGUAUAAUUCCGUUAUUUUUUCCCGAAAAAAGGUUUCUAUGCAAAAGUGGAAAUUGGGUUUCGUUAUUAACAAAAGUGUGUGCUUUUAACGGGGUAUAGGUCUCCAGUUGUUUAUUUAUUUAUUUUCUGGCGUCGCUGAAGAUGUGUGAGAUGGUUUUGCAUUACUCCUGGGAUGGGUCAGUGGAUCUUGCAGUGUCGUACAUGAGAAAUUUUAUUUUGUAUGAGGGAAGGAACUUAUGUUGUGGAAAUUUGAAAGUUGUUUAAGAGUUGUUAAAGACCAAUAAUGGACACAGGAACCAAACACUGGGAAUUAUAAUUGUAAGUCUUGCACAUUUCUCCUGACAAACUCACUCAUCAGACUCGCUGCAGGCCACAGUUUUCUAUGAGUCAUCUUUUUUCUGUAAAGCCUUUAUCCAAAGAUGUUGUUCAGGAUGCAUGUCUUCGCUCAUGAUAUGAAGAACUUCACUUUAUGACGAGCAAAUCAAUGGAAAUGAUGUCCCUUCAGUAUACAGAAAACUUUGGCAAUAAAUCCCACAAAUACCAUAGGGUCUAUAUGCUAUAUUCCGAAGACAGAAGCAUUUUAUGGAUAUUUUAUGGAUAUUCCGACGGCAAAUGCAUUUUAGGGAUAUUUAUUCCGUCGUGUGAAUACUACCUAAUAGACAUCAGGCACAUUAUAGUAUCGUUAGGUUAAAUUAUUAAAAUGGCUGCUCUGCCGUGGGUACAUUCCAAAGGAUGCUAAUACCGCAGGCUAUUAAAAUGUCAGGAAGCAGCAAAGUGGUACAGCAGUCUGUAGAACGCUUAAGACGACCUUGCAUAUCUCCCCCAUCUUGAGCAAUUUUUUUCAUGGUAUGUUUUUUUCGGGGCAGGACAGAAGCAAUCUUUACCCUUAUUUUUAUAUGUAACACAUUAAGUAAUUUACAGAUUUUUUUAAAAGGUCAACUGCAAAUGACUUCUGCCACAUCAAAUAACUAGCCAACCUUACAUGACCAUAACAUAUUGAUUUAUCCUCACUUCUGCUCAAACUAGCUACCCCAUCAUAGCGCCAAGCUUUCGAUUAAAAGUCAAAUGUGGCUGGUUCUUGAAUGUAUUAUUUGUAGUUUUUUUUUUUUUUUUCAUGUUUUUAUAAGUAGAUAUUUAUCAUGGGUAAGGCAAUGUAACUUAAUUUACGCUCAGUUUGUGUGAAUAAUGUGUAGGAUGGGUAUGUCUUACUCUUGACACAGCGUCCUGAAGUUCUGCAUGACGUGUACUUUUUGACUGUCUUCACUAAGAUAUGAGAGUGCAUUUGCAAAAAAGGCUGUGUUGACGACAUGCCCAUUCUCUUUUGUUGACCUUUUAUGUAUUUCAACUUCAUACUUUGUUUACACUGUUAUACCCAGAUCACUGAUACCUCAAACUAGAUUAAACAUAAAGGGUACGGAGAUAUCAGGCUAUAUACAGUGACAUGUUAGCAUCAGAUGGAACUGGAAGCACUUAGAAUAUGCUUAGUUUGUUGUGAAAACAGGUGGUCUUCCUUAAAAUGCGGGUUGGAAUAUUGGUAAUUUUAGCCAUGAUCUGGAGUGAUAGGUACGCAUGUAAACAAACUGUGUUGCUUUCAUUUAAUCAGUGUUCUGCACCAGUCUUGUCCAAACCACUGUAAAUAAUGUUUAAUACGUUUGUACAUUCCCGCUGAUACAGUCGAGAUGGCAAAAGAUAAAGUAAUAUAUAAUGAUAAGAGUAAUUUAUUAAAAAGGAAUGUAUUAAUGUGAGCAAAUAAAUAUUUUAAGCAAAUGUUUUGUCUGGGGGUUUUAACUAAUGAUGAA